AUGGUUCUUGCGAGAGAAAUGAGAGACACAGGAAUCAGUGCCCCAAUCGCGAAAGAUCCAUCGAUGAAGAUACAAGGCGGUCGCCAUGCUUAUCCCACAUCGAAAUCAAAUGAAGACCGCCGAAAUUUGGAUGUUGUCUUACGGAACGGACUAGCCGGAGGUGUUGCAGGCUGCGCUGCCAAAACCAUUGUCGCCCCAUUGGAGAGGGUUAGAAUCCUCUUUCAAACUUCCCACUCUCAUUUUGUGCCAUAUUCGACUCGCUGGGAUGGGUUUAUUCAGGCUGCCAGACACAUUCGAACGUCGUAUGGUAUACCUGCGCUUUUCAAAGGCCACUCGGCAAGCUUAGUCCGCGUAUUUCCAUACGCUGGUAUCAACUUUCUGGCAUACGAACAAUUCCGAGCAGCAAUUAUCACAUCUCCGGAGAAAGAAGCACCAUGGCGUCGAUUUUUAUGUGGAAGUAUGGCCGGUGCGACCUCUACCCUGAUCACAUAUCCUCUCGAGUUGAUCCGUACACGCCUUGCCUUUGAAACAGUACAAAAGAAUCCCUCAUCCUGGAUUGGUAUUUCUCGGAAAAUGUACUUUGAAGGGGGAGGCAGUGGGAGCUUGUCAAAUCUCUAUCGAGGAAUUGCCCCGACUAUGCUAGGCAUACUUCCAUAUGCUGGCACAUCAUUCCUUACCCAUGAUCUACUCAGAGACUGGCUUCGCACGCCUAUCCUUGCACCCUAUACUCUGGAGGCGCCAUCUUCCACUCGACUGACCGCAGUUGCACAGCUUUCCUGUGGAGCAGCUGCUGGCAUAGUUGCUCAAACAAUUUCUUACCCGAUUGAUAUCAUUCGGCGACGGAUACAAGUUGGAAGUGUGGUUGAUACAAAAUCAGGUAUUUUGGAGACAGCCCAACGUAUCUUUCUGGAGAGAGGAAUGAGGGGUUUUUAUGUUGGGCUGACCAUUGGCUAUGUGAAAAUGGCUCCUAUGGUGGCGACAAGUUUCUAUGUCUAUGAUCGGAUGAAGCGAUUUUUGGGGCUUAUUGAGUAG